AGGACUUCACCCCAGUGCAGUACAAAGCUCCACCGACCCCUAAGCCCCUGAGGCCCGUGCCCCCCUACAGCGGCUUUGGCUCAGAGGAGGACUCGCUGAGCUCCUGCCAGGGCCUGCUGCCCAAGCCCCCACAGAAAGAUUUCCGCAAAUUUAUGGAGAAGGACAGAUGCGGCCUCAACAGUAAUGUGCUGAAUUUCCAUGCAAAGAUGGUGACCAACGACCCAGUCGACAGAGACAGAGUGUUCAUCAUCUCCUUCUACCUCUGUGACGACUCCAUCAGCGUGUUCGAACGCCCACAAAAGAACUCAGGUGUGCUCGGUGGUAAGUUCCUAGAGCGUGGUCGUGUAAAGAAGCCAGGCCAGGACCUUUUUAAGAGCGAGCUGUCUGAGUGCUUUACAGCUCAGGAUCUGUACGUCGGAGCCACCCUCUGCCUUAACAAUAAGCACUUUCAACUUCUGGACGGCGAUGAAUACACCUUCAAUUACAUGGAGCAACAUGCUGAGGAGUUCCCUAAAGCCAAUGUGGGUAACAUCCUCAGUAAACUGCGUUCCAUUCCAGAGGAGAAACAGAGUGAGAUCAGGAAGUUUCUGGCUCUCAGUGACCCCAGCAACACUGGCUUCAUCCCCUAUGAGUCAUUCAG